UUGUCACAGAAAUCUCUGUGAACCUCACACAGCACCGGGCACAGGUAUAUCUGUGUAUACCGGGGUCACAGGCAAUCCGCUUCCACCGAAUCCGAUUCCGAGCUCGAAAUUCGAGAACGAAAACCGUCCGUUGGUGCGUAUUUUUCACGAGCUUGGGCAGCACGUGCAGUCAUAUACACUGAAUAACGCCGUUGAUCUCUCCUUCCAUACAAUCAAAGAAAUGUCCCUCGCUUUCCAUCAUCCCAUCUCGAUCGAAAUCCCAGAAAUUCGUCGAAAAAAGCUUUGGAGAUCGAUCGGUUCAUCUCGGUUCAAUUCUAGGGUCUUUUCCGUCUCUUCGAGUGUGGAUGUAGCUGUGAACUAUGUACCUCCAGCUCCAAUUCUGCUACCAGAAGGACCAUGGAAGCAGUUACCAGGUGGGGUUACUGCUGCAAAGGGAUUCAAAGCUGCAGGUAUGUAUGGUGGAUUGCGUGCGAAAGGAGAGAAGCCAGACCUUGCUCUUGUGACAUGUGAUGUUGAUGCCAUUGCUGCUGGGGCAUUUACUACAAAUGUUGUUGCAGCUGCCCCAGUGGUUUACUGCAGGCAUAUAUUGGACAUUUCAAACACGGCUCGUGCAGUUCUAAUAAAUGCUGGUCAAGCAAAUGCUGCAACGGGUGAUGCAGGUUACCAGGAUGUCAUAGAAUGUGCAACUGCUAUUGCUAAGCUUCUCAAUUUGAGUCCUGAAGCAAUAUUAAUUGAAUCGACUGGUGUAAUUGGUCGAAGAAUAAAGAAGGAGGCCCUUCUCAAUUCACUUCCAAAGCUAGUGGGUUCACUGUCAUCAACUAUAGAGGGGGCAGAUUCUGCUGCUGUAGCCAUUACAACCACUGACCUUGUCAGCAAGAGUGUGGCCAUUGAGGCUGAGGUUGGAGGGGCACAUAUUAGAGUUGGGGGAAUGGCUAAAGGUUCCGGCAUGAUUCAUCCAAAUAUGGCAACCAUGCUUGGCGUGAUAACAACUGAUGCACUGGUUACCAGUGAUAUUUGGAGAAAAUUGGUGCAGAUUGCAGUGAACCGGAGUUUCAACCAAAUUACGGUUGAUGGAGAUACAAGUACCAAUGACACUGUUAUUGCAUUGGCGAGUGGAAUAUCUGGAUCAACCAAGAUAUCUUCUUUGAAUAGCGAUGAGGCACAACAACUUCAAGCAUGUCUUGAUGCAGUAAUGCAAGGUCUCGCAAAAUCAAUAGCAUGGGAUGGAGAAGGUGCAACGUGUUUGAUUGAGGUUACAGUAACCGGUGCAAAUAAUGAGGCAGAAGCAGCAAAGAUUGCACGCUCUGUGGCAUCUUCCUCACUUGUUAAGGCUGCAGUAUAUGGAAGAGAUCCAAACUGGGGUCGGAUUGCUUGUGCUGUUGGCUAUGCAGGGAUUCCUUUUAACCCAAAUGAUCUUCGUAUAUCACUUGGAGAUAUUCCGCUCAUGGAUGGCGGGCAACCACUUCCGUUCGACAGGGCUGCAGCUAGCAGUUAUCUCCGUCAGGCGGGAGAUACUCAUGGCACUGUUGGAAUUCAUGCAUCUGUUGGAAGCGGGCAAGGAAAUAGCUGUGCGUGGGGAUGCGAUCUGAGUUACGAUUAUGUUAAAAUAAAUGCAGAGUACACAACAUAAGUCUUGAAACAGCAUGGCAUGAUGUCGGUGGAUCGUAUGCAUUGAUGUUGUUACAACAUUGUUUUGCUUGAAACAGCAUGGCAUGAUGUCGGUGGAUUGUAUGCAUUGAUGUUGUUACAUCAUUGUUUUGUUUUACUCAUAAAAAUAGCAGGAUCUGGUGCUUGAAGUGGAAUAUUGAAAAGAGAAAGUACAUGGUGUUACUGCCCCCGAGACGGGCACACAUGUAGAAGAUCUGCCCUACCAUGAAUGGUCCGGGCCCUGAAAUAAAGUCUUAAUGCUCUAGGCCCAUUGGUUGUAGUUUUGUGUAGUCAAUAGGAUGAACGGGCUUGAUCAUGUACGUACCCAACAAAAUACUGGGCAUCUGAGAAACAGCAACUAAUGCAGGAAAGAAUGCUAAUUAUGCAAAUAGUAAUAAAUAAAUCAAUAAAAAUAUUAAAACA